AAAAUACUUCGAUAAAAUACCAACAGUAUUUAUAAGCGAGUCUUUACAUCAAAUAGUAUAUAUUGUAAGUAAUAUCUUCGGAAAUCAAGUUAGAGAAGUACGAUUUAUCAAACGCUAAAGUUGAAUUAUUAUUUUGCAGGAUGGGUAUAAUGGUAGAAUCUUAUGACGCCUUUGUAAUUCAUAAUGAAGAAGGAAAAGAUCUGGAAUUUGUUCAGGAAAUGGCGAAAAUUUUAGAAGGACCAAAAUAUAACUUGAGAUUAUUUUUACCAUGGAGAGAUUUACAAACUACUGAGGACAAUGAAACUGAAGUUCUUGCUAAAAUUAUGGUCCAAAGAUGUAGGUGUGCUGUUGUCGUAAUAUCUCCAAACCUUCUACAAUCCGACGUCACAAGUUUUUUGCUGUCGUUUGUACAUUCCAAAUAUCCCUCUGGAAGAAACAGUAAACUGAUUCCAAUACUAAUAGAAAAUUGUGAAUUGCCUACUAUUUUACAAUCAGUGACUGUAUGUGACUUUACCAAAAAAGAUAUGCGAUGCUGGGUAUGGCCUAGAAUUGCUUCGUCCAUGAGAUUGACACAGACAAGAACGGCAUCGGGUAGAAGACAAUUUAUGCCUUGCUCAACUAGAAAAUCUGUACUUCCGGAUAUAUUGCAUUGAACAGUCCAGCAACAACUGUUGUAGCUGAAUGAAUAUCUAGUCAUUUAAUUAUUCACUUUCCGUAAUAGUCAUGUUCAGAAGAGAGAAUGGUUAGCGAUCCAGUGUGAGUGUGUUUAUAAUUGUGAUUAUCAUUUUACAUAAUCCUCAUGUGGGACAAUCAACGUAUUCAAAACGGCGGUAUCCAAUGUUGUAUUUAAAAGAAAAUAUCAAAGUCCCGUUGUAAACUUGUUGUCUAUAUACAAUACAUGUCAGAUUCUUUAUGAUAUAUGUAACCUGUGAUAUGUUUUCUUUAUUUUCUAUAUUUUACAAUUGUUAUAUUUGAAAUUGAUAAUUCUUUAUCAAUUAAAAUACCGUUACAUCAAA